AUGCCGACAGUUUGGCGGAGAGGGGUGCACUACUUUGAGGGUCUGAAAGCCGCCAAUAUUCCCAAUGAGUUAAUCGAGAAAGGCCAAAGUCGAGUCAUAGACUCUUCCCUCAUUCUGAUUCACGAGAGAGCCAAGCUCAAGGCAGAGCUUCUGUGUGUUUCGGAAGGGGUCGUAGCAUCUGCAUCUCUGAUUGGAGUGUAA